AUGGGAUCUAAGAACAUGAGAGGAUCUUCAACCUCUUCCUCUGGAAGCAAGGGUCCCAGAGACAAGAAAGAAGCUAGUCGUCAAAUCACCACACCGGAGGUCAAGGAGAUUGUUAGUCAGGGACCUAUGGUAGACAAUAGGUUAAAAUUCAAAUCUUACCAAACCGGAACGCUCAUUACUAUGAACUUCGAGCCUUUGGAUAAGCCGUACAACCCGGUCAAGGGCAAGGCAAGCAAGCUUGAUCCAAAAUCACCACCAUUUGUGCCAAAGAACACCAAGAAGUCCGGCCAGAAGGGCAACAAUCAAUAUAACAAGGGGGGGUUCUCUGCUGUUCCCGCUUCUGCACGUAAGACCGAGAAGCCGGUAAUGACACUGACGGGUACUGAAAAGCCCACACCUACUGGCAGAACCGUCGUCACCCGUGCUGAUUACAGGAACAAAGAUGUUGUCAUCGAAUCUAGCUCUGUGACUCGCAACAUCGUCCGCCUCGUAGAGGAACAGUUCGCAAAUGGCUUCAGGAGAUAUGCUCCAUCUGGAGAUUUUUCGCCCGGCAAAUACAACUUCCUGGAACAUUUGGACAAUAUGGCCAUUCGCGAAAAGGAAAACUUCUGGGGAAGUAACUAUGUGGAGAUCGUUGUGGAUAUUGGUGAGCUGAAUGUCGGUGCCGUGGGUGGUGUUAGUGUCGGUGCCAUGAAUGCUAGUGCCACGGGCGCUUCACCAUCGGUGGACACCAAGACGGAUGUUUUCACGAACGUGGAGGGAAAUGAGGGUGCAAUCGAGGAGGGUAAAGAGCACGACAAGAAGAAGCCCACGACUAUCUUUGAUAUGAUGGCGAAGCUUGGCCCGGAAUUUGUCGAGCGCACAAAGACCGUCUUUGUCACCCUGGCAUUCCCGGAGAAUGGAUUCAAGCUUCCUAUCACAGGAAGUUAUAUCCCACAAAUGGGUGGUAAUCGUCAUCGCAGCCAAGGUCCGCUCAAAGGAGCCAUCGAUUUUGACUCCAGCCCAUCCCUUGCGCACGUCAAAGCUCUCGUAGCCUACCUCCAGGGAUUCAAAUCACUCAAACGCCUGGAUAUCACUCUCCAGACACCUACCAACCAGCCAAAGCCGAUUGAAGUCCCACAACUGGAUCACUGCCUGCCAUUCUACGACCUGGUCUUUACUGACUGGAAGCUUUGGUGGAAGGCUGUGUAUAUGACCAAACCCCAUGAAGUUGAUGGUUGGCCCAUCGGACAUCUCGACAAUGAAUGGGCCAAGAUUUGCAUGCAGCGUGAAAAGGACAUCAUGGCCGUUGAACGCGCUACAUUUGUGCACAAGAGCAAGUUCUUCCCAGUCCGUUCUUAA